CACUCCCUCCACCGGCAGCCGGGAAGGCUGCUGUUUCCUCCUUUCAGUUACUGGAAGUUUGAGAGAUGGGGAAGCAGCCGGGAGCAGCACGUGCAACUCGCUGAGCCAGGGUGAACUGAAGAUCCACAAUUUCCAAGGACGAAUCUCCCGGUGCUAGGUGGUCCCGGGAAGCUGCGGCAGGUCCUGGUCGCAGUAGGUAGAAGCAUUGAGGACUGAAGCCCGCCUUUCUAGACUUGAAAGUGAGGCAGAGAAGCAGAAAGGGGACUGGCGGUUCCUGGGGUCACGAUGCUCUGAAUUCCAGUCCUCACACAGGUUGCAAGCAGCCCCUUCCAAUGGCACCUUUGGAGAUCCUGACCAAGGCUCUUCUGUUCGGCAUAGGGUUUUUGGCAUACUCUCUCAGACUCAGGUGAGACCCUCAUGGGUACCCUGUGGGCAGGUGCUGACACACGCCUCAACCCCAGCCACUGACAUCGCCAGCCUCAGUAUCUAAAUGCCACAGAGCUCUUGGGGCCAGUUGGGCUGGGGACCACUGUUGCCUUUUAAGACCAUAAAACCAUGGGAAACGCAGAAAGCCAAAAUGUAGACCACGAGUUUUAUGGAGAAAAGCAUGCCAGCUUGGGGCGCAAACACACAUCACGUUCUCUGCGCCUGUCACACAAGACGCGGAGGACACGGCAUGCUUCCUCUGGGAAGGUGAUCCACAGGAACUCCGAAGUGAGCACCCGGUCCAGCAGCACGCCCAGCAUCCCCCAGUCCUUGGCUGAAAAUGGCUUGGAGCCCUUCUCCCAGGAAGGCGCCCUAGAUGACUUUGGGGAUCCCAUCUGGGUGGACCGAGUAGAUAUGGGCUUGAGACCUGUGUCUUACACCGAUUCUUCUGUCACUCCCAGCGUAGACAGCAGCAUUGUCCUCACAGCAGCCUCUGUGCAGAGCAUGCCAGACUCGGAGGAGAGCAGGCUUUACGGGGAUGACGCUACAUACUUGGCUGAAGGAGGCAGGAGGCAGCAUCCCUAUACAUCCAAUGGGCCCACGUUCAUGGAGACGGCGAGCUUUAAGAAGAAACGUUCCAAAUCUGCAGACAUCUGGCGGGAGGACAGCCUGGAAUUCUCACUCUCUGAUCUGAGCCAAGAACAUUUAACAAGCAACGAAGAAAUCUUGGGUUCCACGGAAGAGAAGGACUGCGAGGAGGCUCGGGGGAUGGAAACACAGGCGAGUCCGCGGCAGCUCAGCACCUGUCAGCGUGCCAACUCCCUGGGUGACUUGUAUGCUCAGAAAAACUCUGGGGUAACGGCAAACGGGGGACCAAGGAACAAAUUUGCAGGCUACUGCCGGAAUUUGGUAUCGGAUAUUCCCGAUAUUGCAAACCAUAAGAUGCCACCAGCUGCUGCUGAAGAGACUCCUCUAUACAGUAAUUAUAACACACUUCCCUGUAGGAAAUCGCACUGUCUUUCCGAAGGUGCCACCAACCCACAAAUUAGCCAUAGCAACAGCAUGCAAGGCAGAAGAGCAAAAACAACCCAGGAUGUUAACACAGGCGAGGGCAGCGAGUUUGCAGACAGUGGGAUUGAAGGGGCCACCACCGACACGGACCUGCUGUCCAGGCGAUCCAAUGCCACCAACUCCAGCUACUCGCCCCCCGCCGGCAGGGCCUUCGUGGGCAGCGACAGCGGUAGCAGCUCCACUGGGGAUGCAGCACGCCAGGGGGUGUACGAGAACUUCAGGAGGGAGCUGGAGAUGAGCACCACCAACAGCGAGAGCCUGGAGGAGGCGGGCUCUGCCCACAGCGACGAGCAGAGCAGCGGUACCCUGAGCUCCCCGGGCCAGUCGGACAUCCUGCUGACCGCUGCGCAGGGCACUGUGCGCAAGGCUGGCGCGCUGGCUGUCAAGAACUUCCUGGUGCACAAAAAGAACAAGAAGGUGGAGUCGGCCACCCGGAGGAAGUGGAAGCACUACUGGGUGUCCCUGAAAGGGUGCACGCUCUUUUUCUACGAGAGUGAUGGCAGGUCUGGGAUAGACCACAACAGUGUCCCCAAGCACGCUGUCUGGGUGGAGAACAGCAUUGUGCAGGCCGUACCUGAGCACCCCAAGAAGGACUUUGUCUUCUGCCUCAGCAAUUCCCUGGGCGAUGCCUUUCUCUUUCAGACCACCAGCCAAACAGAGCUGGAGAACUGGAUCACGGCCAUCCAUUCUGCCUGUGCAGCUGCCGUCGCGAGGCACCACCACAAGGAAGACACGCUCCGGCUUCUGAAGUCAGAAAUCAAAAAGCUGGAGCAGAAGAUAGACAUGGACGAGAAGAUGAAGAAGAUGGGGGAAAUGCAGCUGUCUUCCGUCACUGACUCGAAGAAGAAGAAAACCAUAUUAGAUCAGAUCUUUGUUUGGGAGCAAAAUCUUGAACAGUUCCAAAUGGACCUGUUUCGUUUCCGCUGUUACUUAGCCAGCCUUCAGGGCGGGGAGCUGCCAAACCCCAAAAGACUACUGGCUUUUGCAAGCCGACCCACAAAAGUGGCAAUGGGCCGCCUUGGAAUCUUUUCUGUGUCAUCUUUUCAUGCCUUGGUGGCAGCCCGUACUGGUGAAACUGGAGUGAGAAGACGUACUCAGGCCAUGUCUAGGUCCGCGAGCAAGCGAAGGAGCCGGUUUUCUUCUCUCUGGGGUCUGGACACUACCUCCAAAAAGAAGCAGGGACGCCCAAGCAUCAACCAGGUGUUUGGAGAGGGAACUGAUGCUGUGAAGAAGUCUUUAGAGGGAAUAUUUGAUGACAUUGUUCCAGAUGGCAAGAGGGAGAAGGAAGUGGUCUUGCCUAGCGUCCACCAGCACAAUCCUGACUGCGACAUCUGGGUCCAUGAGUAUUUCAGUCCAUCCUGGUUCUGUCUGCCCAAUAAUCAGCCAGCUCUGACGGUUGUCCGACCUGGGGACACUGCGCGGGACACCUUGGAGCUCAUUUGCAAGGCACAUCAACUGGAUCACCCUGCUCAUUACCUGCGCUUGAAAUUUCUAAUCGAAAACAAGAUUCAGCUCUAUAUUCCACAGCCGGAGGAGGACAUUUAUGAGCUGCUAUACAAAGAAAUUGAAAUUUGUCCAAAAGUCACUCAGAAUAUCCACAUUGAGAAGUCAGACACGGCCGCUGAUAAUUACGGGUUUUCCCUUUCUUCUGUGGAAGAAGAUGGUGUUCGAAGACUGUAUGUGAACAGCGUGAAAGAAACGGGGUUAGCUUCCAAGAAAGGUCUAAAAGCGGGGGAUGAGAUUCUUGAGAUCAAUAAUCGUGCUGCUGGUACCCUGAACUCGUCUGUGCUCAAAGAUUUCCUCUCACAGCCAUCCCUGGGCCUCCUGGUGAGGACCUACCCUGAACUGGAGGGAGGAGUGGAGCUGCUGGAGAACCCACCGCACCGAGGAGACGGCCCUGUGGACCUUGGCGAGAGCCCCCUCGCCUUCCUCACCAGCAACCCAGGGCACAGCCUCUGCAGCGAGCAGGGUAGUAGUGCUGAGACAGCUCCUGAGGAGACUGAAGGACCAGACAUGGAAUCCUCUGAUGAGACAGAUCACAGCAGCAAGAGCACAGAACAGGUGGCCGCAUUCUGCCGCAGUCUGCAUGAGAUGAGCACCUCUGACUCCAGUCCGUCCCCUCAGGAUGCCACAGGGCCUCAGCUGGCAACCACCAGACAACUGUCCGACGCAGAUAAGCUGCGCAAGGUCAUCUGUGAGCUCCUGGAGACAGAGCGCACCUAUGUGAAAGACUUAAACUGUCUCAUGGAGAGAUACUUGAAGCCUCUUCAAAAGGAAACUUUUCUCACCCAGGAUGAGCUGGAUGUACUUUUUGGAAAUUUAACGGAAAUGGUAGAGUUUCAAGUAGAAUUUCUUAAAACUCUAGAAGAUGGAGUGAGACUGGUUCCUGAUUUGGAAAAGCUUGAGAAAGUCGAUCAAUUUAAGAAAGUGCUGUUCUCUCUGGGGGGAUCUUUUCUGUACUACGCUGACCGCUUCAAGCUCUACAGUGCCUUCUGCGCCAGCCACACAAAAGUUCCUAAGGUCCUGGUGAAAGCCAAGACUGACACGGCCUUCAAGGCGUUCCUGGAUGCCCAGAACCCACGUCAGCAGCACUCGUCCACACUGGAGUCUUACCUCAUCAAGCCCAUCCAGAGGAUCCUCAAGUACCCACUUCUGCUUAAGGAGCUGUUUUCACUGACUGAUGCGGAGAGCGAGGAACACUACCACCUGGACGUGGCCAUCAAGACCAUGAACAAGGUUGCCAGUCACAUCAAUGAGAUGCAGAAAAUCCAUGAAGAGUUUGGGGCUGUGUUUGACCAGCUGAUUGCAGAGCAGACUGGGGAGAAGAAAGAGGUCGCAGACCUGAGCAUGGGGGACCUGCUGCUGCACAGCACUGUCAUCUGGCUGAACCCACCAGCCUCCCUGGGAAAGUGGAAAAAGGAACCAGAAUUGGCAGCUUUUGUCUUCAAAACUGCUGUGGUCCUUGUCUAUAAAGAUGGUUCCAAACAGAAGAAGAAACUUGUGGGAUCUCAUAGACUUUCUAUCUAUGAGGAAUGGGACCCUUUCCGGUUUCGACACAUGAUCCCUACCGAAGCCCUGCAAGUGCGAGCUCUCCCAAGUGCAGAUGCAGAGGCAAAUGCUGUGUGUGAAAUUGUCCAUGUGAAAUCGGAGUCAGAAGGGAGGCCAGAGAGGGUCUUCCACCUGUGCUGCAGCUCCCCAGAGAGCCGGAAGGAUUUCCUGAAGGCUGUGCAUUCAAUCUUGCGGGAUAAGCACAGAAGACAGCUCCUCAAAACGGAAAGCCUGCCCUCAUCCCAGCAAUAUGUCCCUUUUGGAGGCAAGAGAUUAUGUGCGCUGAAGGGCGCCAGGCCAGCCAUGAGCAGGGCAGUGUCUGCCCCAAGCAAGUCUCUUGGGAGGAGGAGGCGGCGACUGGCUCGAAACAGGUUUACCAUUGAUUCCGAUGCCAUCUCGGCCAGCAGCCCGGAGAAAGAACCCCAGCAGCCCCCUGGUGGCGGGGACACUGACCGAUGGGUAGAGGAACAGUUUGAUCUUGCUCAGUAUGAGGAGCAGGAUGACAUCAAGGAGACAGACAUCCUCAGUGACGAUGAUGAAUUCUGUGAGUCCGUGAAGGGUGCCUCAGUGGACAGAGACCUGCCAGAGCAGCUUCCAGCUGCCUCCAUCAGUCAGCAGGAGCGAGGCCGGAGAACCCUUGAUAGUCAUGCAUCCCGCAUGACUCAGCUCAAGAAGCAAGCCGCCCUGUCAGGCAUCAAUGGAGGCCUGGAGAGCCCAAGCGAGGAAGUCAUUUGGGUUAGGCGUGAAGACUUUGCCCCCUCCAGGAAACUGAACACUGAGAUCUGACUAUCUCAUACCCUUAGAGAAUGUGUGUAGAUACAAACGCUGGUCCCACCCUCACUCUGCCCACCUUCCUGUGCUGUCCUUGAGAAUGUCCCCUUAGGUCGCACUCUUGCACACAGGUUUUGGCAGCUGACUUGGGUCUGAAGCCAUGUAGCCACCCACCUUCCAUCAUUCUUAACAACGACACCAGAGAGAAUUGUUCAGAAUCCCAAAUAAGCCGAGUCCUAUCUUCUGUAUAUUACCAAGGGCUUUAUUUAUUUUCUCCCCAUCACCAGGGCCUGAAGAAUUAGAACCGUGAAUCUAUAGUAUUGGAAAGCAAAAUCUGCCCCAGCAGUUGAAGAGAGUACCAUAUGGUGAUUUACAGGAUAGCACACACAAAGACCAUGCAUCUCAUCCUCUCUGAAUCCAGUCUCCUAGCUGGGGAAAAUCGACCUUCAAACACAGAAACGGACAAACCGAAACAUCUGUACAGCUUGCAGUGUUCUGACUCCUUCCCUCCUCAGUGUCUGAGAAUAUCUGUGUAUUUUAAGAAUGUGUGAGGAAAGGGUGGUCAUUUCUGUUCAAUGAGCCUUUCAUUUUAAUUUUUUCUUCUGUUUUAGUCUAUGGCUGGUCUUAUUCUAUGUCAGCGUUUGGAAGCUCUAGUUUUGCAGAGAAUUAUAAAGAUGCCAAACUCUUGAAAAAGAGGUCCAAAUUUAUCACUUAGAGAGAAAGAGAAAAAAACAACAGCACUAUUUUUUUGUAUUUUUUUCUGAGAUGCAGGGGUACAAAUAGAUGAGAAUUUUACAGUGUUAGGUGUAACUCAGUCUGAAAAUGAACCUAUAACCUUUUGCAGAGUGAGCAAGGCAUGAUGACUUUAUAUUUAUACACAAAAAGGCCAACAGGAAACUCAUGCUAAGAAUAAACUUUUUUUAAAGUGUCUGAAUCUAUAUUUGAGAUGGGAGUUUGGUUGGAUUACACAACAGGAAAUGGAGCAGUGUGUGUGUGUGUGUGUGUGUGUGUGUGUGUGUAUUCCACAGGGAAGGGGAGCCUCCUCAUGGGGUUGCCAUGGCGAUCAUUGAUUUGUUCCCAUCAAAAUUGCAUCUUCAUCCAUAGAUAACCCACCCCUUCCCUGACAGUUCAUGACCAAACCUCAGAACCAAACAACCUCUUCAAAAACAUCUCUUGCAUUUAAUAGUUUCUUCACACCAAUGAAACAGGGUAAACAUACAAAUGAACGUAACCUUCUAAACAGAUGUCCAACUGGGAUGAACAAAACAAGUUAUAGCACUUUCAUUUUUUUAAAAAAGGUUUAUAGCUUUUGGGUCCCCCCCCCUUUCACAAUGUCCACUUCCUAAGAAGGAUUUAAAUAAUAUGAAAACUUUCUUUUUGGAAAAAAAAUAUCUAUUUGGUGUUUGAUACAUCAGUAGGUACUUUAAAGACCUGAAUUUUAUAGUAGCUUUAGGAAUUAUAUUUUUAAGAAUCAGUUAGGACUUUAUAUUUCCAGAUAAUAGAGAGUUCAGAACAUCAUGCUCUGUGCCCCGCUUGCUUUCCCGCACUCCCGUCCUCUAUCCCUCCCCUUCUCGGGUUUCCAGGGCUUUGAGCUUGAUCUUUUGAAAGUUUUAUUCUAUUAAAUUUUUGCUAUAUCUUCUGGUUUUCUUAAAAAGCUUUAGAAUGGUUUCUAUACCCUUUGUAUCACUGCAUCGUUCCAUGUCAUCUCGGGGUCGACUGUGUCCGGAUGGAAAACAGAAGCAGAAGUGUCAAAUAGUUACAUUGUCUGGUCUCCCUGCAAUGUGUCCAUUGAAAAUACUGGAAAGUUUGGUGCUUAGAGAGGGUGCCAUUGUCUCUUGUACAUAAGGUCAUGAUGUGUCUAUGUCAAAAGUUCUUAUAUAUUUCUUUUAUAAGCUGAAAGAAGGUCUAUUUUUAUGUUUUUAGGUCUAUGAAUGGAACGUUGUAAAUGCCUGUCCAACAAUAAAACUAUGGAAAAGUG